AUGUCACGGAAGCAACCCAUCUAUGAGAUCGGUCCAUUUAAAUCAAGCACCAGAAACACAGACACGCAGUUGAAUGUUUAUGUCUCCAACAAACGCUUUAAAAUCGAUCUCUUUACCUCCAGCUUCGAAAGCUCGCCUGCCCUCCUGACUGAAUAUCUUCGACACGUUCAACGGCAAGAACCGGAAUGGAUUCCUCAUGAGUCUGAGGUGGAUGGGGAGUUUGAAGACCCCCUUGACGAAAUGCACGAUUGGAUCUUACAACCAUUUCUCAAUCUUCCACGAAAUAGCUCCCCUGGACCUGAGCCAAAAGUAGGGGGAGACAAAAUAGUUCCCGUUUAUCUCAGCAACACUAAGAACAUAGGGAAUCAUCUUAUCGGGGCCUCUUUACCAUCUUCUGUGGACUACUCGGCUUUUCCUGUCUACCAUCCUAGGGAAGUCGAGGUUCCAAUUAGCGCAGAAUCAGCUGCACUGCCAGGAAUACCUCAUAAGGUAUUUAUUCAUGGGCGACCACAGCCUAGCUUCUUCAAGAUCGUCUAUGGAGGUGACCAGGGUAUUACCGGAAGAGAGAUUCUCACUUAUUCAAAGAUUCGCAUGGCUAAAUUCGAUCCCCCGAUUAUCACAUCUCAACUGGAAGGGCUCAUUCAAGAUGAUGAUGGGUAUGUCAUGGGAUUGGCUUUAUCAUACAUUAAUUGUGGUGGAGCUACACUCAAUUGCAUUGAUGGACAUGAUCCCAAUUUCUCCGAGCUCCGACAAAAAUGGGUUGAUCAAAUUUCGCAGACACUUACACAAUUUCAUUCACAUAAUAUCAUUUGGGGUGAUGCAAAGGCAGCUAAUGUGCUCAUUGAUGUCAGUGAGGAUGUAUACCUGAUUGAUUUUGGAGGAGGCUAUACUGAAGGUUGGAUUGAGAAAGAGAAGUCUAACUCGACCGAAGGAGAUCUCCAGGGACUUGAAAAUAUUAAGCGGUACCUUUUUGAAUGA